AUGGCGGCGGCGGGCGGCCGAGGGAGGUCGAGGGGCAGGGCGGGCCGGGACUCUGAGGCGCAGGACGCCGUGGAGGGGACCCUGAGGAGAAGAGCCCCGAGGACGCGAAUGAGAAGGAUGACGCCGAGAAGGCGACUGAGGUACCGGAGCGCACGCCACCUCCCUCGCCCCGCUCUUCGCCGGCCUGACGUCAGCACGUCGCGCCGCCGGCUGGCCCCGCCCCUCGCCGACCAGAAGAGGCUGGCCUCGCCCUCCGGCCUGAGCCACCACCCUAGCUGGGUAACCUGGGGUGAGGGGCAGAGAGAGGAACCAGUCCACAUCCUGUCUCCACCCUGUGACGGGGACCCAGGAGGCGGGGGGCAGGGGGCCUGCACCUCCUCAGUCACCUCAGAGGAGCUGCUGCGCCGGGGCUAG